GUGCAAUUUGAGUUAUUUAUUGUAUUAUUGUCGAAAAGACAUGGGCACAGACGCCUCAUGCUUUGACACCACUAGUUUCUUAUCACCACUGGCUUCUAUCCUUUCCACAGUCAGACUUGUCAAAGAUUUUACCUUCUUACUGUGUCUCAUAAACAUUGGAAUUGGGUUACUUGUAUUUUGUAUGCACUUUUAUCAGUCAAGACUCUCAAGAGACAUGGAAGUUUCCCUUGUAAUUAGACCUUUGCUUUCUUUUCUUGUUGUUGGGGUAUUGAUGGUAUGGGGAUUGAGAAUUUUAAACUGGGUAUGGCUGAAGCCAAAGAGACUGGAAAGGUGCUUGAGGCAACAGGGUCUUACAGGAAAUCCUUACAGGUUUUUGUCCGGAGACGUUAAAGAGAGCUUUGCCAUGAACAAACAAGCAACAGCCAAACCUAUGCCCCUUAGUGAUGAUAUUGUUCAAUAUGUUGUUCCUUUCGUUCAUCAAACUAUCAAGCAUUAUGGCAAGAAUUCAUUUAUGUGGAUUGGUCCGAGGCCAAGAGUGACAAUUUUGGAGCCUGAAGAGAUAAGAGAGAUAUUAACCAAAAUCAAUGACUUUCAGAAGCCACAUAACAACCCACUGGUCAACUUGCUCGUUAGUGGGCUUGCAGACCUUGAGGGAGACAGGUGGGCUAAGCAUAGAAAGAUUAUUAACCCUGCAUUUCAUCAAGAUAAGUUGAAGAACAUGUUGCCAGCAUUUUAUCAAAGUUGUGUUGAUAUGAUCACCAAAUGGGAGAAGAUGGUGCUUGUAAAGGGAACUAGUGAGUUAGAUGUGUGGCCUUAUCUAGUAAAUUUAACAAGAGAUGCGAUUUCUCGAGCAGCAUUUGGAAGCAGCUACGAAGAAGGAAGACGAAUUUUCCAUCUACUAGAGGACCAAACCAAUCUUACAAUCAAAGUGAUACAGUCUGUUUACAUUCCAGGAUGGAGGUUUUUACCAACUAAGACAAACAGGAAGAUGAAGGUGAUUGACAAAGAUAUAAAAGACUCACUUAGGGAAAUGAUAAAGAAAAGAGAGAUGGCAAUUAAAGCUGGUGAAGUCAGUAAUGAUGACUUAUUAGGCAUACUUGUAGAAUCCAACAUUAGAGAAAUUCAAGCACAUGGAGAUCACAAGAACAUGGGAAUGAGCAUUGAAGAUGUGAUUGAGGAAUGCAAGCUGUUCUACUUUGCCGGCCAAGAGACCACCUCAGUUUUGCUGGUUUGGACAAUGAUUUUGUUGGCAAGGUAUCCAAAUUGGCAGACUAAGGCAAGAGAAGAGGUUUUGCAAGUUUUUGGUGACAGUAAACCUGAUUCUGAUGGCUUGAAUCGUCUGAAAGUUGUAACAAUGAUCUUGUACGAGGUUCUUAGGCUGUACCCUGCUGUCGUUGCGCUAGGACGAUCCAUUCCAAAAGAAAUAAAACUGGGGAAAUUGUUGUUACCAGCUGGAUCAGAAAUUUCAAUUCCAAUCGUCCUGAUUCACCAUGAUCAACAACUAUGGGGUGAUGAUGCACAUGAAUUCAAUCCUGACAGGUUCUCGGAAGGGGUUUCGAAAGCAACAAAGAGUCAAGUCACAUUUUUCCCAUUCGGAUGGGGUCCUAGAAUCUGCAUUGGACAGAACUUUGCUAUGAUGGAAGCAAAAAUGGCGAUUGCUAUGAUUGUCAGACAUUUCUGGUUCGAGCUUUCCCCUUCCUAUGCUCACUCUCCUUCCGCUACUAUUACUCUUCGCCCACAACAUGGUGCUCACAUAAUUUUACAUAAACUCUAGGUGUUGAAAUCAUCAAAUUAUGUGUCAAAUUGUAUUGUUCUGAACAGAAAUCCAUAGUCAUGAUCAUCAUGUAAACGUUAGUUAGCGAAAAUCUAGCAUUUCUCUCCAUCAAUAAAGCCAGACUUGGUUGGAUAGCAAUUGAUAAUGGUAAAUGUACCUGACUUUUACUCUUUUGCUGGCCAAAAUGUAUGGGACUUGGUUUAAUGGUACUUUUUUGUUUAGACGGUUUAAUCACACUUGAUUCAAUGAUAAAUAUAAGUAUUUUAAUAUUGUUUGAAUAACAAGAUUCCUAAUUUCAUUUUUAGCACUCAUAAAUUGAAUGAA